CAGCACCCACUCAGUCAGUCAGUCAGUCAUCCAACACCACACUCCUCCACAGCAAACCGCCACCCCGACCACUGUAGUAUCCCAUCCCACCACGCCCGUUUGAAUGUGAGAAAGAGAGGGAAACCAAACCACCCGAGACCUCGCCGCGGCCGGCAAGCCAGCCAUGCCGAGGUCGUCCUCAAUCUCCUCCUCCUCGAAGCCCAUCCUGGGCAGGGCCAUGGCCAUCCUGGCGCUGCCGCUGUCCAAGGCCAAGGCAAGGAAGAGCCUGCUGCUCUUCAGCAAGCACCGGCCGUGGCCGGGGGCCAACCGCCGCCGCCUCCGCCACUACAACUACGCCUACGUCGGCGAGUACCAGUUCUCCCCCUCCGCCUCUCCGCUCCUCCUCCCGCGCCCGCCCGGCGUCUCCACCUGGCGCUCCAUCAGGAAGCGCAGCAAGACCGGCAGCACGGUCAGGAUGAUCCUCGCCUCCCUCUGCUUCUGCGGCGCCGCCGCAGCAGAAGAAAGCGCGGGCCUCGACGGCUUCCUCCUGCCGCCGCCGCUGCCACGGACCCAUGAAUCCCCGCGGGCUCUGGGCUGGGCCGGCGACGGCGACGAGGAGGAGAUUGAGGAAGAGGAGUAUGGGGACGAGGAGGUGGACGGCCGCGCGGAAAGGUUCAUCGAGCGGUUCUACGAGGAGAUGCGCCUUCAGCAGCAGCAGCAGCAGAGCUCUCUCACCCACCGCCUCCUCUAGACCUCUCCUGACUCCUCUCGCCAUGGGCGUCGCGAGCUAUCUUAGCUGCAGUUCUGUCCCGCUUGAAAUUCGUCCCUGCUUCGUGGUCUCUCUCCAUCGCAUCUCCUCUGUUGUUGUUGCUGUCGUUCUGUCCACUGAUGGACUUCAUGUCUGAAUUUACACGCUCGUCGUACUGUCACCUUACUGUUCCUCUGUUGGUCGCUGUGGUGCUGAUUAAUUUUAUCUUCGAUCGAGUUCAAAUUUUGGCCCACAA